UUGGAACGUAUAAACGCUUUGUUUCAAAUACCACCAUUCCGUUUCCUCACAGCCGCAUGUGACUUUUUGGCGCGCUUUUAUUUGAGCAUUAGUUUGAUAAUAGCCUUAUGAGUUACACAGUUUAAUAAUUGUGCGUUCUUUAGACUAAUUUAAAUAACUUUAAUAUUAGUUUUAUUUGCCGAAAGACCAAAACAAACAAAUUUUUGCGACAGCUGACCUCGUUAUUUCGCAGCCAUCACCAAAAGGUCACACUAAUUUUGCGAAAAGCGCGUGGUAUUUAAUGCCGUAUUUAUUUGCUUUAUUUCGCCAUUAGAAGUAAGUUGCACUGUGUCCAAUAGCCUGCUAAGAAAGCCACUGGAUCAGGAGCUAGUGCAUCCAAAACCCAGAAAACCAUUUCGAUGUCUGAGGGCAGCGGUAGCGAGAAUGCAAACGCAGCAGAGGCUGCGGCCGAGGCAGAGGCGGCACUGAUGGCUGAAGCGGUGGCUGUGGCCUACCAGAGCGACGAUGGGGAGCAGGCAGAGGACGGGGACAUGCAGGAGCAAGCGGCCGAUAACCAGGAGGAGGACGCCGCUGAGCCACAGGAUGGGGGGGACCCAGAGGCCGCGGACGCGGACGACGCCAUGAGCGUGGGAAAUGCGGAAAACGAAAGCGAUAGCGGUGGAAACGCGGAGGAAACCGCCGCCGCUGAUCGUCGCCAGGCCACCAAAAAGGAGCUCACCCAGAUCAUCGACAAGUGGGAGCAGCAGCAGACCCAAAAUGGAUACGAUCCAGUUCCCACUCUAAGAAGCCUGGCGGAGAUCUUUGAGCGUGAGAAGGAUGUGUAUCGGCGCAAGGAUCCGGAUCCUUUGGACUCACGACAUCCAUAUAGAGCUGAUCCCAGUUGCCAGUACGGGUUGCUACUCAAGCUGCUCUUUCGGAAGGAUACUUUUAUGGGCAAACUCCUAAACGACUACCUGCGAGAGAACUACUUCAGUCGCCAGAAUAUCAGUCGCAGCUCUUUGGAAUUAAACAUCCUGGCCUGCCGCCUCAUCCUGGAGAUAAUGCCAGGAAUGGAGACUUCAGCAGUAUUUCAGACCGCCGAAGGGGAUGGAACCAUCAAUCGCAUCUACUCUUGGGCAGAGGACAGCAUUGAACCGCUCCAGAGCUAUGCCACAGGUCUUUUAGCCGAAGCGAUGGAAGUGAGCGACAUUGCCAUAAACUUUCGCGAUCAGAAUAUUCGCUUGGUGCCCAAGAUGAUCAAACGUCUUCACAUGCUGCUGGCGAUCAGCAAGAGCGCCACGUCAGAUGUCAAUACAUCGAUGCACAAUCUGUCGGCAGAUAGCAGUACAGCGGGGAUGCUCAGCUGGGUGGCCUGCGCCAGUAAUGCAUCAGCUCCUCAAUCGCCGCAGCACAAUGGCAGUGGGCUGGGAGCAAGUUCCUCGCAGCAUGGAGAUGCCUCUAAUAUGUCCAUUUUGUUCGAGAACAGCAGAGAUGCUUUUUGCGUAUCCCGCUAUUACAAAAGGAUGUAUAUUCCUUUGCACCCGGCCACAGCUGAUACCAGCCAAAUGUUAAUUAUGCGCUUCCUGACCAGCCUGGGCGAAUAUCAAGAGUUCCUCGCCAUGGCCUUCGAGAACAAUGUGAUGCAGCUAAUUUUUGGCUACCUAGAGAACUUGGAUCGCAGGGACACCUGCUUGGCCUACGAAGUUUUAAAGUAUCUGGCUUCCCUUCUUUGCCACAAGAAGUUUGCUUUAGAGUUCAUUGCACACGGUGGACUGGAGCUUCUUUUAAAAGUGCCCCGCCCCAGCUUGGCGACCACUGGUGUGUCCAUCGCCAUCUACUACUUAGCAUACUGUGAAGACGCUAUGGAACGGAUAUGCAGCAUGCAAAGACCACUUAUUUCAGAACUCGUGCGCUAUGCUCUUUGGAUUCUGGGUCGUUGCCACGACUCCUCAAAGUGUCAUGCCACCAUGUUCUUCAGUCUGAGCUUCCAGUUUAAGGUCAUAUUGGAUGAGUUUGAUGCCCAGGAUGGGUUAAGAAAGCUGUACAAUGUCAUUUCGGUACUAAAGAUUCUUGAUCCAAGCCACAACGACAGCGACAACGACUCUGAUAUCAACGAAGACGUAGAAUGUGCUUCCCGACAAAUGGUGCGCCACGUUUGCGUAGCCCUCAAGCGGUAUAUGGAGGCCCAUUUCUUCUACAAGUACAACAGCUUCCUGUGCCUGACAAAUGCGGCAUCCCCGUCACCGUCUUCAGCACACUAUUUUAAUCAGAAUCCCACUGUGGCUGCUAAACUUACCUUCGAUCAGUUGCACGACCAGAUUCGCACGCUCCAGGAGAACACUUCUAUCCGAGCACAUUGGCAACCGGUGGAUCAGCUGAUGAAGCUUGGUGGAAUUACCAUGCUACUUAGGAUCAUCGCCUUCAGUUACGAUUGGGUGAACAGUGGACGGUCCGAGACGGUGCGUGCGGCUCUGGACGUGCUCAGCGUUUGCUGUAUUAUCCCAAGAGUCUACGUGGUGCUCUGCGAGCGCCUGCUGAUGCUAGACAAGACCACUACCUCAGGAUUUUGCUCAGUUCUGGGCGCUGCUGCAGGUGAGAUUACCUCGGAUGCUGAGGUAAUCAAAUCGGCGUUGGCGGUGCUGUGCCACUGUGUUUGCUCUCCGAUCAUCCGCAAGGAUAGCGGCACCAGCCUUAUUAAGUUUGGAACGUCCUCCAGGAAGAACAAGGCCAACCACAAGUAUGCCGAGGAGCUGAUUGAACGUGUUUGGGAGUCUGUCUGCUCCAACAAUGGCAUUGUAGUUUUGCUAUCGCUGAUGCAGACCAAAGGACCCAUCACCGAUGCGGACUGCAUACGAGGAAUGGCCUGUAGGGCCUUGGCGGGACUUGCUCGCUCCGAUCGGGUCAGGCAGAUCGUCAGCAAGCUUCCACUUUUCGCUAGCGGACAACUCCAGACGCUGAUGCGGGAUCCCAUACUCCAGGAGAAGCGCGCGGAACACGUAAUCUUCCAAAAGUACGCAUUGGAGUUGCUAGAACGAGUGUCGGGUAAGACGAAACCGCUGAACAAUCCCUUAGAUCCAUCGCUGUCCAACAUGCACAAGGCCAACGUAAUCGCUCAGACGCGCAUCCAAUACAACAAGCAGCAGCUGUAUCAGCUUAUCUUCGAACACCUGGAGAGCAACGGUCUCUCCCAAACAGCCCAAAUGCUGCAACGGGAGGUGGGUCUUCCACUGCAGACUCCCACUACGCGCAGUUUUCAUCAAUCACCUUUCGACUACAAAAGUCUUCCCAGUGGGAGUAGCUCACUGUCCAGAAAUCGUCUGCGGAGCCGCAUGCAAGAUGUGAAUGCAGCGAUAAUGGGCAGUGGGGACUUGAACAAAAGUUUUGGUGAGGACUUCUCACCGGCAGGAGCCGGUAGUAGCAAUGCAGGAGAAGGAGUAUGUAUACCAAAUUUUGGCUCCCUUAACACAACUCAGACGCCCAUAAAAAUAAGGAGAACGGAUAGAAGUUCCGUCAGCCGUUCUAUCCAGAAGCAGACAAUGGAGGCGGGUGGCAUGUCAGUUGGUCUUCCUGAAGAUGGCCAACUGCACCCCAAGAGGAUCACUCUCAAUACUAUCGUUACGGAAUACCUCACCAACCAACACUCGUUGUGCAACAAUCCAGUGACGACCUGCCCGCAGUUUGAUUUGUACGAGCCGCACAAAUGUCCCGAUCCAAAGCCCAGCCGCUUGUUGAGCUCGAACUACAACCUGACCAGCCGACAUGCUCGAACCCAAGCCGGAUUUAAUACCAGUCGCUUUGACCGUCGCUAUGUACAUACGCACUUUUCUCCAUGGCGCAGUAUUCGAUCGGCGGACUACGAGGACCUAGAGUUCACUUGUUGCGAUUUGGUGGGUAAAUACAUCAUUGUCGGCACGCAACAGGGCGACGGAAGAGUGUUCAACAUGAACGACGGCGUGGAACAGUUCUUCUCCAACUGCCACAACUUUAGCGUGGAUGCUAUAAAGGCUAACAGAGCCGGAGAUCUUGUCAUCACAUCCAGCUUCUGGCGCACACCUACCAGCAUUCUGUGGUCUAUUGCGGACGAUGAGUUCAAGCUGAAGUUGCGUCUUCCCGAUGUAACCUACUGUGAGUUUAGUCAAACGGCGCAGGAUCGUCUGCUGGGCACCCAGAAUGAGUGCGCAACGCUUUUUGACAUAAACACUGGUUCCAAGGUGGCCUCGUUUACGCCAACCAUACCUAAUCUCUACACCAAAAACAGAGCAACUCUCUGCCGAACCGAUGAACUGAUUUUGUCGGAUGGCGUUCUUUGGGAUGUACGUUCCGGAAAGGAGAUCCACAAGUUCGACAAGUUUAAUCAGUGCAUAUCAGGCGUCUUCCAUCCAAACUGUCUGGAGAUCAUCGCCAAUACCGAGGUGUGGGACUUGCGCACCUUCCAUUUGCUACAGACAGUGCCGGUGCUAGACCAGCGCAACUGCACGUUCUCCCCGAUGCAUGUAAUCUACGGCGCUAGCUUGGGGGCUGAUAGGGACCAUGACAUGGAGACGACCACCUACGACACCAGCUUCAACGUUCUGGACGCCUACGACUACUCGAGCAUUGCAACCAUUGACGUUAAACGCAACAUAAACGAUCUGAGCGUCAGCGCCAACGGGAGUCUGAUCGCCGUGGUCGAAGACUACAGCGGCUACGAGUCCAAACAGGAGACCUACGUGAAGAUCUAUGCUGUGGGCGUUAAAAAGAGCGAGCGCUCGGAAGAGGAAGAUGAUGAGGAGGUGCCCGAAUCUGAUGAGGACGGUUCGGAUACGGGCUCCGAAACCUCUUUUGCUCUAGGUCAAUAUUUCAUGGGUUCCCCCCUGCUUCGGAACCUUAAUGGCUCGGACAACGAUGAGGAUGGAGACCUGGAUGAAGACGACGAUGAUGGAGAGCCGCUGGACUCCGAUGACGAUAUGGACGACGACGAUGGCUCCGACAAUGGCGACGACGAUGGAGAUUUUGAAGAUGUGCUAGAAUACUUCGAUAGAAGCAGCUCAGACGAUUGAGCCCACUCCUCACCCAAACCACCAACACAACUGUUCCUCCACCGAUCCACUGCUCCGCUCCAAUGUUCACCCGUUGUUUCGUCUCGUCUCGUUCGAUCCUCUUUGUUGUUCGCAGCGCGCAUGGAGGGAUGAGCAAACAACAAUCGUCUUAGUAUAAGUACACUAGACAUUAAGCUGUUACCUUAAAAUGUAAUUUGUUAUUUUUGAAUUUUGUACAAAUCCAAUACGAAUGCCGCAGGAUUGCAUUAAAGCCAACUAAAGAUUA